AUGGAGGAGCUGAUGGAGGAAGAGCUGGCACAAGAACAGGCCAAAAUGGCCAAAAAGCCGAAACUGAUCGGUCGGGCCCCCUACGACCAGGAAAUUACCGUCGCUGCUUCCGUACGCGGCUACUACUUCACCGCCGCUAGUCGGCUUAUUGAUAUUGUGGCCAUCUACAUUAUGUCCGGCCUUUUAUCUAGGGUUGCCUUCGUAAGUAACUACUUGCACGAGAAACUCGGGCUGUACAGCCGCACGUCCGGCUCAGGACUGGAGAUUUUCCACAGGCUAAUGAGCGAGGGCUGCGAGACGGAGCGUAAGCGCAGAGAGUUGAGAGUCAAGAAGGAGAGAAUGGAUCAGGCGAUGGAGAUUAUCGUCAAUUUGGAGAAUAAGGAGAAGAUGUCUACGGCUAUGGCGGCUAAUUCGCAGGCGACGUAG